GAAACAAAACUAAUCUAUAUUAUUUGUUUGACAGGUUGCGCAAGCAUUAAUUUGCGUCAUCAUCUGUUUCCGCUCGUCUUUGUUUGAAGUUUACAGAGCAUUUAAUUAUUGCACAGGCUCUGUGCACAGGUAUUUCAACUGAAUUAUACGUCCCUGUUGUACGCCUUCUGUUCAUAAUUUCAAAUGGGAAUUCGAUAAAGAAACGAAGAUGUCAUGUGAAAGAAGUCUUCAAGAGGUACUUGAUACUUGAUACUAUACGAUAUAAAUGUCCUGUGGCCGCUGAGAAAUUUUACCGUACCUGAGUAAUCUUAAAAUCUGCAUUACUUGGCUUGUAUUGAACUAAUUCAGUACAGUCUCAGAGUGUUGUUUAAUACUUUAAUUGCUAAAGAAGUGUUAAUUAUUUUAAGCAUUUUCAAACAACACGUACACCCAACCAUGUCAGUGCUCCCAGCGUUAAUAUGAAUAUUAGAAUACGACAUCUGUCGACAUGUUCAAGAACAAAUUUGUUAGUAUAAUUUCAGAUAUCGAUAAGCUAAAUUUAGAAUUCUGUAAGCGUAUUUUAGGAGUUCAUGCCAAGUCUAGUUCAUACUCAAGACUAAUCUAGCAGUUCUUACCGAGCUACGAUCAGUUUCAAAAAUCUUGGGACAGAUGCCACAAAACCUUUGAAUUUCAACAAAACAUCAAUCACCCCCGCCCCCUGUUCAAUGUUGUGUCCCAUUUCUCGUCAGGUUUGAUGUGUUUUGGUUGGAGCAACAUUGAUUGGGGUGGGGGGAGGGGGAGGGGAGCGGUAUUGUGUGUAAAAAACUGUAAUGAUCCACUUACAAUCUAAAACUACAUGUGUCCCAACAACUUCUGAAAGUGAUUGUCUGGGCCCCAUAUGUCAUAACACCAUUGUAUAUCUCAAAAGUACAGGGGAUAGAAUGCUCUGCGAACGAAGUAUUUCUGCUCCAUUUCGUUCACAGAAGAUCUAAUAUAACAUUUUAAAACAAUUAAGUUCCAUUAAAAUUCUCAAAGUUAAUAAUUAACAGGGUAUGAAUAUAACUUGUUAGGUCAUAUAGCAUUCUUAAUCGUUGUUUGUUUUUACAAAUUUCGGCAGAGUACAAGUGGGUUAUUUGAGAGGUUAUAUAGUCUGUCAAUAUAAAGAUAGGUAUCGCGAUUGUUUUAUGCUAUAUCACACGAUAUGUCACACUUACUAUUAAUUUAUAGCAUAGUAAUAUAACAUCCGGUUACUUUCACAUGCGGGUACUUUCGCAUGCGGGUACUGCUAAUUCGGGUACUCCGAAGGUAAAGAACGUUUGCUUUAUAAUCACUUAUGGUCAAUGUGACAUUUCACAUCUUUCUAGAGCACAAUUUGCAGAUAUAAUUGUCGACGCAUGGGUAGGAAGGAGCACUAAGUAGGUGGGAAUGUCGGAGGCUCAUGGAAUGGGCGGUAGUCACUUCACACAGCAAAAAAAAAUUGUCCACAAGAUCGAGGUGGCGAGCUAUCGGAAAGCUCGAGAAGAGUAAAUGUGGCAUUUAAUUGAACCUUUCCGCAGACAAUCUCAAAAAUUACUAUUCAGCGUAUUCGUACGUGAUAAAGGAAGACCCGAACUUGGUGAUUUCUCCAGGGCUUAUAGACCUCCCCAAUGCUGACGCGUUAGCGAGGACUAGCGCGACCCGCCGAAGCAAGAAAGUUGCACAGGCUUCCAAAAAUAUGUAACGAAAGGGACUCGCAGUAUAUGGCGUUGUACGCAUUAUACAACACUGAUGUUAGUGUUAUACGCUAAUUAUGCUAAUAAGCAUUUCCGGACGAGACGAAUGCAAUGAAACUAACAUCGGUUGACACUUCGAUUGUCACUAUAGAAAUAUGAAAUAACAGGCAACUAGACAUCUUUUAAAACAGAACAAGGCUAAGAAUAAUCUGUUGAGAAUGUCUAACAAUGUAUUUGCUAUUAAUGAAAGGGUUUGAAAUUGAUUAAACCAAGUUUUGGAUCGAUUGACACUUUUUUACAUAAAUAAAUCUGAUAUAUCAUAGUGAUAUGUCUAGAGUUGAGUGUCAAUCGUUACAUUUUAUACAAUUUAUAUACUUUGUGAUUAAGUAGAACCCGUAAUAUAUCAAUAAGCGCUCCCUAAACACGUUUGCUUAGUACUUAAUGUUCUGAAAAUGAUUAUGCCGCGACAAUUGAAAGUUAUAUCAAUGAAAAUACUAUGUGUUUCAAAGUGACAACCGAGUGUCAACCGAGCACGUGUUCAACCCGUUUUAUAUUUCAUACAUGUUUUCAUGUCAAAUAUGCACAAUCUUUAAGUGGUCUUCGAUAACUUACCUUUGCAUUUUAUUUAGCAUUAACCUAGGUCGAUAAUUAACCAGAUAGAUGUAUUUUCUCCCUUGCAUUCGCUCGGCAUACUACCCUCCCCACACUCACAUCUUUCAGUAUAAGCUCAUUUAUAAUACACUGCUGGAUUGUGUUACAUUUCACCCCCCAAAGAUAUUGACCACAACCGAAGCACAGUAAGGACGUUACAUAUGCCAAUGCAAUUCAGUAAACAUGUUAUACUAAAUGCCAUAUGAUUCUCGCGAAACUGAUAUUCUAAAAUACCCGGUAAUUCAAAGAGGUUAAAUAUGCCUUUCAUUGCCUUUCAGACAAUCAGUUUCAAAAGUCAUGGGACAGAUGCCACAAAACCUUUGAAUUUCAACAAAACAUCAAUCACUCCCGCCCCCUGUUCAAUGUUUUGUCCCAUUUCUCAUCAGGUUUGAUGUGUUUUGGUUGGAGCAACAUUGAUUGGGGGAGGGGGAGGGGAGCGGUAUUGUGUGUAAAAAAACUGUAACGAUCCACGUACAAUCUAAAACUACAUGUGUCCCAACAACUUCUGAAAGUGAUUGUAGGUAGAGUGCGGUUCAUCGUGAAAUAGCAGCACGGUUUCAAUCCGUUCCCAGAUAACCUGCACUCCGACAGUGCUGGCCUCUCGUCCCUAGGGUCUCUCGGCCACACACAUACUCCCUAGGCCCUGGGACACACAGAUUCACAGAACCGGAAGUGUAUGAAAACUUGGAGUAGUUUCUAAAGCGCAUACUCUUGAACUGGGACGCUUUAGCACCCGUAACAAUUGUCACAGUGAAAUAUUACGAAGAAACGAAAUAUUUGUGUUCACAUAGUUUAUAGAGUAAUUUUGCCAGCGAAAACUGCUCAACAUCUGCAAAAUAGCAGUUCUCUGAGAAGCCAAUUAGAUCUCUCCCUUUAGUCGUCUAACGCAGAGCCUAAUUUUCAACGAGUGACCGAGUGAAAAUGGCCCUGGGGACGAGAAUGGCCUGACACCAGAAAACCUCUGAAUCCAGGCACCAGGAUAAUUCUCAGAGUGUUAAAUUCACUAAAUUCACAUCGUCGUCCCACGAUCGUGGCCCUGGGGACGAGGAUGAUUUCUUGUUAGAUAAUAUUAGGUGUUUGAAGAAUACUAUGUAAUAUUAGGUCUUUGAAGAAUACGGUGUAAUAUUAGGUCUUUGAAGAAUACUGUGAUUAUGUCCAAAAUUGAUAUACCUGUAUAUCUAUCUAAAUAUAUAUUAAAAGUGAAUUGUGUAAAAGAUAUAAUACCAUAUGGAAAGAUCAGAUUCAACAGUGUAAUAAAUUGCGUAUCUUAAACUUUGUAGUUUGAAUUAUUCCAGUUUUUCUAACGGACCAUAUCUCCCUCAAGGUUCCCUCUAGUUAUUGACUGUUUUACUGUUGUAUAGUUGAAUGACCUAUCAAAAGAAAUAAGAAGUGAGGGAGGUGUCUCUAUUAAGAACCGGGUAUAUUUGUUUAAAACAUACCUGUCAUGUUUCAUUGGUAAGUUAGAAGUUAGCAAAUUUACGUGUCUUGACCAACAUAGUUUAUAAAUAAACUGAGGAAUGUUAUACACAAUUAAACUUAGUCAAGUGGUUUUAGGCAAUAUAGUUUUUGAAAUAAACUUUCUAUAAAAAUCUGUGCAGGUUAUGACUUAAUUGAUUGGUUUAUAAAGACUGGACAUGCUCAGACAGGAGCUGAUGCUGUGAAGCUUGGAGAGGUUUGUAACGACUGUCUCUUGUGAUUUAGCAGUUACCAGGUGUAUACUAAAAGAAAAGUUUUAUUUCCUGCAGGAUCUUCUGAAUGCAAAUAUCAUUCAUCACGUGUUGGAUAGACAUCAUUUCAGAGACCAUUAUUUGUUUUACAGAUUUCGCCAAGAUGGUAACUAUGAAAUUUUUAAAAAUAAUCAGCCAAGACGAAACACUAGCUUUAAUGCACGAAUAUUGUACAUUGAAUAACGUGCAUUCACCUUUUGUUUGUGGUAUUACUCUUAGUGUGCAUCACCGGGCAAGCUGAAAAGUUUGCCUGACCACGGUGAGAAUCGAACCCGCGACCUUUGGAAUACUAGUCCAAUGCUCGACACACCAACUCGAACCGACUUGACCUCAUGGUAGAGCAUUGGACAAGUAUCCCAAAGGUUGAAACCGUGGUCCGAGGCAAACUUUUCACCUUGCCCAGUGUGGAUGCACACUCAGAGUAACAUCACAAACAAUCAUAUUCACCUGAGUACAUAACACCAACACGCACAAAAAGUGCAUUUACCUGUUGAGGUAUUAAUUGACUGAACUGUUCACCACUCUCGCCCCAAUGGUCUCGUUUUGCACAGACGAUUUUGCAAAGUUUUCGUGCAUGGAGAAUGAAGGUUUUGUCUCCAAUGUAGAUAUAACCUUGAUGCAUGUGCACCUGCCAUGCUAAAACAGGCAAAGAUAGAAACGUGGCCAUUGGGGGCAGAAGUGCAAUAAACAAUUAAGUCUAUUCUUUCUGUAGAUCCACCAAACGAUGUUAAUAGUGGACCCAAUGUCGCUUCAUUAAAAGCUGAAUGUGGUGCAAAAUUUUCUUGGGCGAAAUCCCCAGGUUUUGUGUUUUGGUGCAAACAUUAUUACGUGCUGAAGAAUGAAGAUACAACACUGUAUGAAUUCAAAACUGAUUUGGUAAGUAUAGUGAAAUACAAUAAUCGAAAUGAUACCCAUGGACUUAAAAUGGGAAUGGACACCCCUUUUACUCGGAAACAUAUUUCUUGUGCCACUGUUGCUCCUGUAUAUUAAACAAAGCCUCUUUUAAGCGUUGUUUGAAAGGUACUGUCCGCUUACUAGAGGUCCACUGAUUUAAAAGAUGCGACUGUGGCAGUGGACAACAGUGCAGAUUAUUGACUUUAUUCUGUCAACUAAACAAUGAAUGUUUUGUUUAAGGAUUCCUCUCCUUACCAGAAAUACGAUUUAAAAGAUGCGACUGUGGCAGUGGACAACAGUGCAGAUUAUUGCAUUGCUUUGAAACUUGCUGAUCUACAGAUGGGAAGUAUGUGGCUAAAUCUUGUCUCUAGUUACCCGUCCAGCGUGUUAUUAUAA